AUGGUGGCUGAGAAUUCCUCUGUGACGGAGUUCAUCCUCGCAGGCCUAACCCACCACCCGGGGCUCCAGCUGCCCCUCUUCUUCUUGUUCCUGGGCUCCUACAUGGUCACGGCGGUGGGGAACCUGGGCUUGCUCACACUGAUCGGGCUGAGCUCUCACCUGCACACCCCGAUGUACUUCUUCCUCUAUAAUCUGUCCCUCAUAGAUUUCUGCUAUUCCACCGUCAUCACUCCCAAAAUGCUGAUGAGCUUCGUCUCGGAGAAGAACGUCAUCUCCUACGCAGGGUGCAUGACUCAGCUCUUCUUCUUUCUUUUCUUUGUCGUCUCCGAGUCCUUCACCCUGUCAGCGAUGGCAUACGACCGCUACGUCGCCAUCUGUAACCCGCUGCUGUACACGGCCACCAUGUCUCCCCGCGUCUGCUUACUUCUUUUGUCCGGGGUCUACGUGAUGGGGUUUGCUGGGGCCAUGGCCCACACCGUGUGCAUGGCCAGACUGACCUUCUGUGCCAACAAUCUGGUUGACCACUACAUGUGUGACAUCCUCCCCCUUCUGGAGCUCUCUUGCACCAGCACCCACGUGAACGUGCUGGUAGUUUUCGUGGUGGUGGGCAUCGACAUAGGUGUGCCCAGCCUGACCAUCUUCAUUUCUUACGCCCUCAUCCUCUCCAGCAUUCUCCAUAUUCGUUCCACCCAGGGCAGGUCCAAAGCCUUCAGCACCUGCAGCUCCCACAUGAUUGCAGUUUCUCUUUUCUUUGGGUCCGGGGCAUUCAUGUACCUCAAGCCAUCUUCUCUUUUACCUCUGAGCCAGGGGAAGGUGUCUUCCUUGUUCUACACCAUUGUGGUGCCGAUGCUCAACCCCUUAAUCUACAGCCUGAGGAAUAAGGAUGUCAAAGUUGCUCUGAAAAAAACCUUAAGCAAAAAAACAAAUUCAUUCUCCUGA